AGCUAAUCGUUUAGGAGAUAUUUCAAUUUAAGCUCCCUAUAAAACACUUUUCGCUAUAUGCCAGAGUACCGAAGUUAUCGAGAUGUAAAAAUCGGCUGAGACACCCUGUAUAUGAUGCCAGUAACCUCCUUCUUCAACCUCUUUCCACCGAUCGAGUUAUUUUUAAAAUAGCCAUUCGUUCGUAAUUAUACGUAUCUAUACACGUACACUCAUCGCACGUAAGUAUGGAGAGCGGCGCUUAUUUAUGCGAUCUUUCAAAUUUCGACUCCUCUCUCUUUCUCUCUAGCGAUGACGUCCGCGUUGUUUCGGUAUGAUGCGAUCGAAGAUCGAAGGGGAAAAAUCAUCGGGAAUGAAUGCUCCUGGACUGCGGAGGCGCAGUCGGUAGUCGCUAUGCGUAAUCGUCUGUAACGGUGGAUCGCGCGACAGACGUUCGUUCGCUAUACCAUAGAUCAGCAUUAUCUUUUAUCGCUGUCAACAUCUGGAAGCGACCGUGCGACGCUGCGCCACAGUUUGAAUCGGGCCGCGAGCACGCUUGAUCGAUUCUCCGUACUUUAGCAGCGAAUCGUUCGCCGAAGCGCAUCUGUCGAAUCAUCGUCUGAUAAAAGGUGCGACGAUGCACUCUUGGGGAAGAUUAGCGUACGGGAUUUUGCUGCUAGUAGCCGCGGCGAACAGCAUGCCCGAUUUCUCUGGUUUACCACCCGGCCCGUACUGUGCCGGUAGAUAUCCGCCGGGCGAAUGUUGUCCGGGUCGUCGGGACGAGUGCAGUGCACCGAUCGUCAACACGAUCUGUUACUGCGACGACUUCUGCGACCGAUUCAGAGAGGAAGAUUGUUGCCCGGAUUUCUAUAGCCAUUGCAAAGGGAUCGAGGCAAACGUCACCUUACCACCGCCUCCGCCGCCGGCCGAAAUCAGAAGUUGUUACUUCCAACGGAAAUAUUACAACGCCAGCCAAACGUUCAAGAUCAACUGCAAUAUAUGUAAAUGUUCCACGGUGGGUAGAACAGCCGAGGUGCUCUGCGAACAGAACCGAUGCCUUCAGGAGCCAGAUCUGAUAAACGAGAUCAAUUCGAACAGUUGGUCCUCUUCGCUCGGCCCUUUGGGAUGGAGGGCACGAAAUUACUCGGAGUUCUGGGGUCGAACGCUAAAGGAGGGAGUGCAACUUCGAUUGGGUACCUUGAAUCCGUCGCGAUCGGUUUACAAGAUGAACUCCGUGCGACGUAUUUAUGAUCCGGCGACAUUGCCUCGAGAAUUCGACGCUAGGACCAGAUGGCCUCGAGAGAUCUCGGGCGUAGAGGAUCAGGGCUGGUGCGGCGCAUCCUGGGCGAUCUCCACAGCUCGCGUCGCUUCCGACAGGUUUGCCGUGAUGAGUAUGGGCGCCGAAAGCGUUCUUCUCAGCGCGCAACAUCUGCUUUCCUGUAACAACAGAGGGCAACAAGGGUGUAGCGGCGGCUACUUGGACCGCGCCUGGAUGUAUCUGAGACGAUUCGGGCUGGUUGAAGAGAACUGCUAUCCGUGGAGGGGUAUGGACGAGCAGUGCAAGUUACGAAAGAGAACGAACUUGAAGAUCGCUGGAUGCGUUCCUGCCUCGGCGAAUCCACUUCGAACGGAAUUGUACAAAGUCGGGCCAGCUUAUCGACUAGGUAACGAAACGGACAUCAUGCAAGAGAUUCUGACGUCCGGGCCUGUUCAAGCUACCAUGAGGGUCUAUCAAGAUUUCUUCUCGUACGAGUCCGGAGUGUACAAACACUCGGCGACCGCCGAGCUUUACGAAACCGGCUAUCACUCGGUCAGGAUCAUUGGAUGGGGAGAGGAUGAGCAGCCUCGUUUCAAUCGCGUCUCGCCAUUGAAGUAUUGGCUGGUCGUGAAUUCCUGGGGUCGGGAAUGGGGCGAGGAUGGCCUCUUCCGAAUCGAAAGAGGCACCAACGAAUGCGAGAUCGAAUCGUUCGUACUCGGAGUAUGGGCGAAAACCGUCUGACAACGAUCCGUUCGAUAGGACAAGGAGCCCGUAUCGCCAACAACGAUAUUCGACAGGACGUCUCGUGCCUCCGCUCAUCUUAUCGUUAGAUACAUUGUCAGCGUUGCAUUUAUAUUUCCACCUCCAUUCUACAGUCAAUUUUCAUAGGUCGAUCGGCAUUCGUAUAGCUUCGCAUACGCGUUAUCUUAAUUUUUAUUUAACAAUUGCGAUCGGAACAACAUUUAGAAUACGCGUACAACGUUCUUCUACGUGUACGUAUAUGUGCGUGUAUGCAUGUAUAUAACGUGUACACGUAGAAAUUCGUGGAUCUACUCCAGGAAAUAAAGUGACAGAACUGAGAACAGCACUGAACGUGCUCUUCGAACGUGCAACGUCGUGUAGAUAUGUUUUUACGUGAAAUAUAGUAUGUCUGUCCGCA